AUGGCGGUGUCCAAGGGCGACCUGGUUGACGCCAUCGCGGCCCGCGCUGGCGUCUCCAAGAAGAUGGCCGGCGCCGUCCUCUCGUCCGGUGGGCGCGAGAGCGGCACGCGCGCCUCGCCGUGUCAGGUGUCGCUCGUGGGGUUCGGGACCUUCGACUCCAAGGAGCGGGCUGCCAGGGAGGGGCGCAACCCGCAGACGGGCGAGAAGAUGCAGAUUGCAGGCGUGCCUCACCUGGCGCCCCCACCCUGGUGCCGCCCCCGCACCUGA